AUGACCACUUCGCCUCCUGAUACACCUAAUCUUCAGGUGAAAGAACAUGGAUUACUGUUCGAAAGGGCAGCAUCAAUUGGAUGGUUUUUCAUUGAGUCUUACUAUGACUUCUACAAUAAGAAUAUUGAAAAUAUUUUCAAGAUCUAUCAUUCUGAUGCCACCGUUAGUCAUACUAAGUUCCCGUCUAAAGAUGGUGACGAGAUGAAAACUAUUUAUAAAGCAAGUGGUAUUGAAGCGAUCAAGGCAAGAUUUGCCAACGAAUCAGACACGACAAAGACAGGUAACAGGAUUGUUGUAACAAGUGCCGAUUUCGAAGUAUGCUUGAAAGAUAAGAUCAUGAUCUCAGUUCUCGGAGAAUGGUCUAGAGACCACUCUCCAUACUAUCAAUUUAUCCAAACUUUUCUUUUAGUCCCCGGAAAGAAAGAAAACACAUUUGAUGUUGCUAAUGAUUUCUUGAGGUUCAUUGAUUUCAAUGACUUCAAAGAACAACCAAAAAUUGUUAAAAUAGAACAGCCAAUAGAACCUAGUGCAAAUAUCGAAGCAGCAGAACCUGAAACGACAACUGAAGGAACUGAGGAAAAAACUUCAGAAAAGACAGCUCCUGAAAAGUCGGAAUCUCUGAAACCAACGGCCGUCGAGAUUGCCAUUGAAACACCAGUGGAAGUAUCAGACAAAAAUCUGACAGAAGAAGCAGCUCUCCAGGAGCCUAAUGAUAAAUCUACAGAAACCUUAGAGACGAAGAAAUCAGCAGACUUGGAGAAAACUAAAAAUGAAGGUGAGACUAUUAAGAAAGUGGAGCAGAAAGAAGCCGUUGAAUCUAACGGAUCUAAAGAAGUGCCCAGCGCUAUCGAUGAGACAGAAGAACUGAUUCAUACAGAAGAUAACAGUAAACUGAAGACUCCUCUUUCGUGGGCUGCUUUGGCAUCCCAAGCAGCUCCAGUCAAACCUGUUGUCAAGGUUGCCACCCCACCCGCAACAAAACUGACUACAAUUAAAAAGGCUAAUCAGACCUCGACGCCUUCACCUCAACAAGCUCAACAAACUCAACAGGGCAUGAAAUAUAAGAAGGAAGACUGGUUUCCAAUAUAUAUUCGUGGUGUUAAGCAAGUUGAUGAAAAGCAUUUGAAAUCUCAAUUGAUUAAGAAGUUUGGCCCCAUCAAGUUUUUCAAAUUAAAUAUUAAUAUUGCAUUUUGUGAUUUCGUCACUGAAGAGUCACAAAAGAAAGCACUAGAAGCAAAGGAGAUGGCUGUCGACGAUAUCGUUAUUCAGUUGGAGCCUAGAGAAUCCAAGACUAAUAAUGGUAAUAAAAAAAGUAGCACUUCCAAAGACCAAAAGGACAAGUCAAAUGGAAGUGAUUCGAAACGUAGUAAAAACGAAAAGAAACCGAAUGGAAAGAAGAAGACAUCCUCCUAA